AUGAGAGGAGGCUUUGAAGGCGUCACAGUGGGAAUGCGGUGGUGUGGUCAUGGACUUCCUGUGUUGGAGAGUUGCCAGGCUGCUGCUGUUCCUGUAAGUGAGCGUGAGACUAAAGCCUCUCUUCUAGUCCCCCGUGGUGUCCAGGGCGUGUCCGUGUACAUCUCCAGCAAGGAUCCAGUGUACGUCAUCCCGGGAAGCACCCUCCUCCUGCGGGCCCACCUGGAGUUGGGGCCCCUGGAAGCCGUGUCAGAGGUCACGUGGGAGCGGGAGCCCGAGAGCGGCGCCCCCGAUGGGAGGGUGAGGCUGGCGGCGUGCCCGGGAGGAAGCCUCCAGUGCGCUGGCAUCAAGGCGAAGGUGCGCGUGAGUCUGGAAGGUCAGGAGAGCGUCCUUCACCUGAGCGACUACAGCAGCGAGGACCACGGCGUGUACGCAGUGACCGUGACCGACCACCAGGGGGCCAGGAGCACUGCAAGAUGCAUGGUCAGAGAAUAUGAGCCCGUGCAUCACGUGACGGUCAGCAUCAACGCCUCUCACUCCUUGCUGGUGUGCGGCGAGGCGUGGGGGACGGAGCCCCACUUCAGUUGGCUGCACGAGAGGGCGGCCGUCACCCAGAGCGUGGGGAGGGUGUCGGAGGACGGCAGCAGGCUGCUGGUCGCCAAGGAGCCGCUCUGCGGACACUUCACCUGCAUCGUCAGCAACCAGCUGGGCUACAGCGCCGCCACCUACACGGCCGCUCCGUGUGAGGCCGCCGGAGUGAGCGCGACGACGGCGGCCGUGUGUUGUCUCAUCGGCCUGCAGGUGCUCGGGGGAGGCGUCGCCCUCCUCAUGUGGAGGAGGAGGAGGAGGAACAGAGGAGAGAGACUCCGUGAAGAGCCCAUUUAAAACAUUUCCUAGCCGCCAUUACUGCGCUCAGGGCGGAAGAGGAGGUAGGAGGAAGCGGGACUUUUCCCGCCUAAAUACACCGUGGAUAGUGACGUCACACUGCCCCCUGCUGGGCAACGCUUGGCACUGCACUAUGUUGAAUACAACUGUAUAAUAAAUACUUAAGAAAAACAAUAUUUUUUUUGUAUUGCUCCUCAAAACUCUGAAGGCAUUAUUAGCCAUUUUUCAUCUGUACUUUAGGAGUUAUGUUUAAAUAACUGUCAUAGUGAGUAAAACCUCAUUUUAAAACAACUGAUUCUAGUAAAACUCACACAGAUACAAUAUUACAGCCAUUUUCAGACAUAAUGUAUGUUUGGUUUUGGAGUUAAAUUCAUAUAACUUGUUAUAUUGAGUAAAAAACUAACUUGUGUCUUGCAAACCUUACAAAAUAUUUUUUAUUCCCAGUAAAACUCACAAAUAUACAUUUCUCCAGGCAUUAUUAGCCAUUUUGCAUGUGUGGUUUAGGAGUUAUGUUUAAAUAACUGUCAUACUGAAUGUGGCAGUUUUACUGUCAUUAUGAUUAAAACCUCAUUUUUGUAUUUGUAAACCUUACCAAAAAUACCCGAUCCUGGUAAAACUCGCAUAGAUUCAAUAUUACAGGCAUUUUUAGACGGAUUGCAUGUUUGGUUUUGGAGUUAUGUUUAUAUAACUUUGAUACAUUUCAUAUUCAUAUUCAUAUUGAGUAAAAUAAAACUAACUUGUGUCUUUGCAAACCUUACAAAAGAUCAUUAUUCUGCUAAAACUCACAAAGAUACAUUUCUCCAGGCAUUAUUAGCCAUUUCUAAAGAAAAAACGUCACCAAAAUACUUUUGAGUACUCUUUUUGUCAAGUCAUUCUUGUCACAUAUUGUAAAAAAAAAAACCUAUCAUUUAUGCCAUUUAAAGUGUCCAAAAACAUUAAUUAUUUAAACCAAAAUUGAUUAAAAAAAUAAACCAAGGAAAAUAUAUUUUAUUUUAAAUAAAUACGAUUUUUCUUUUAUUGUUUAAAACAAAUAUGGAGAUAGGUUGAUUGGCAGCAUUAAAUAGUCCCUAGUGUGUGAAUGCUGUCUAUCUGUGUUGGCCCUGUGAUGAGGUGGCGACUUGUCCAGGGUGUACCCCGCCUUCCGCCCCAAUGCAGCUGAGAUAGGCUCCAGCACCCGCCGCCACCCAGAAAGGGACAAGCGGUAGAAAAAUGGAUGGAUGAAUAUUUAUUUUUGACAACAAGUCAUAAACCCUGCCUGAUGCCUGGCACACUGCCCCCUGCUGGGCAACGCUUGGCACUGCACUAUGUUGAAUACAACUGUAUAAUAAAUACAUGCAAAUACUUCAGAAAAACAGUUGUUGUUUUUUUGUAUUGCUCCUCAAAACUCUGAAAAAUAAAGAAAAAAGUCACAAAAAUACUUUUGAGUAAUCUUUUUGUCAAGUCGUGCUUGUCACAUUUUGUAAAAACUAUCAUUUAUGCCAUUUAAAGUGUCCAAAAAC